AUGAAGUUCGUUCCAGUCUCUGGAGUGUUGUUGCUCUUGGUGGUGCAGGCAGCAUGGGCUCGAGAUAUACCUCUGGCUCGAGAUCUCCCGGAGGAUGCUCCGUUGGAUGUGUCGGAGUACGUCGGGUUUGCCACCGGGUGCUCCGUUGCACUGAACGGUGAUCUGCCACAGCCUCAGCCACUUUUCCUGAUCCCGGGUACGGAGCAGUUCCGGUAUCCAGCGACGUCCAGUGGAAUUCUGACGUUGGACGCCGGUGAGCAGCUGGAACUGGCCUGUGCGGCCGGUUUCGACCUGUACCCCGAGCAAACCUCCAUCCUGGUGACGUGCGUGAUCGGCGAUCAGUUCAACUACGAGAGCAAAAUGUACACGUUUAGCGAUUUUUCGUGCACGGCCAAUUGGCGCAGUGUGGCACGCCGCACGGCAAGACGUUGCUACAACGAUGCGACGAUCGUCGAGAUUGGGUUCGAGUUGGGUGCACGGUUUCCGAAGAUACUGGACGUUUGCCAUGACGAGGUGACGUUGGACAAUCACUAUCUGGUGCACGAGUUUACCCCGGCGAACGCGGGCUUCCAAUCGGGUGUUCCACGGCCUGGUUGGAUACAGGGGAACUUCUACACGGGCGUACCGGUCAACACACUGUACACGGUCAACAUGCAGCGGGAAACGAUCGCGACUAUCCUGAGCUCGCAGUCGCGCGCUGACGAGCUGGUGCAAACGACAAACAACGGCAUCUACAUGGCCCGCGGGCACAUUGCGGCACGGGCUGAUUUCGUGUAUGCGACACAGCAGAACGCCACCUUCUGGUUCCUGAACGCUGCGCCACAGUGGCAAAACUUCAACGCCGGCAAUUGGGAGCGUAUCGAGGCCUCGGUCAAAACGUUCGUUGCGUCUCGCAACAUUCGUGUCCGCGUGUACGGUGGAACGUACGGUGUCCAAACGCAGGCUGACGGUAAUGCAGAUCACCACGAGAUCUUCCUGGACUUUGAUGGUAAUGGCAGGACUCGGCUUAGAGCACCGAAGGUGUACUACAAGAUCCUGCACAACGAAGCCCAAAACUCGGGCAUUGUGCUGAUCGGUGUGAACAAUGUGCACAUCUCGCUGGAGGAGAUCCGCCGCGACUACAUCUUCUGCACGGACGUAAGCAGCGGUAUCACGUGGAUCAAUUGGGACCGGGAAAACCUGUCCAGAGGCUAUUCGUACGCCUGCGAGGUGAAUGAGUUUAACCGCGUGACUGGCCAUCUGCCACAGCUAAACGUUGCGAGCCUGCUGAUAUGA